AUGGGCAGUGGAGUUGAGGAGCCUAGGGCUUUGGAGUCUGGUGCUGCAGUUACCACAAUUUCCAAAGGCAUGGAUGCAAAUGUGCGAGGCUCAUUUGUGAUUCAAUGUAUCAGCAUUCUUGUUCAAAACGUCAUCCCUUGGAAAGGUAUUCUCAUUUUUCGGAAUGUCUUUAUUCAGCAUGCAGAACUUGCUGAAAUACAUACUGGGGCUCUGGAAGACAGGUUGUUCUUGGAGCACCAGGAAAGACUUUGCCAUGGAGAUGAAAGAAAAAGCCUCCAAGAAAAAAUAAUGCCUUGGGAAUUGUUAAUUGCUGAUAUCCUCAUACAUUCCCAUGUUUCCAGAUACUGGGCAACUGUGAUUGCUCUUGCAUGCAGAAAACUCAUGACCUGCUUUUUCCUCUUAGAAACAAGCUGCAAUGGUAUAGUAUGUAGUGUUUAAAUGACAUGCAGAAUUGCACCAAACUGUUGUGUGGACUAUUUUCUUUAUAGAGAAAAGUGGAAAAAAAAACUUGCCUUAAUGUUGACCUGCUGUCCUUGAUAAAAAAUACAAGAGCCCAAAAUAUUUUGGACUCAAGGUUUUGGUGGAAAAGCAGAAUGUCCAUGUAGAUAUACAGGAGGUACGUAGCAGCCCAAUCCUAAGUUGUCUCCUUUUUGUAAAGUCCUGAUGGGUUUCUUCUACUCCUACAUCUGCUGGAAGUCACCCUAUUCCUUUUUUUUCUUGUCCUUCUGAAGAUAUUAUUGUGAUCCACCUUACCUUUAUUUUUUUUCAACUUGUUUAAGCAAUACUCCUAUUUCUCUGCUUAACUGAAACAUAAGUAAAACACUCUAACUCCUCUGUAGCAGGGAUAAAUUAUUCCUAAGCCUACUACAGUGAACUAAGAUUUUCUGAAAGAAGAAUUUCUGAUCUAUAGUCCCUGAUACAUUUUAAAAGAAAAGCAGACAAAUGCAGAAAGAUUCUCACAGGCCAUCAGGGAACAUGUGCUGAAGAUCUAAGUGAAAAACAAGCUGAAGUAAAUGAAGGUAUAAAAUAAAUAAACUCCAAAAAUUACAGCAAUUGCUUCAGGCCAUCCAGUUGCCUUCCCUGUAGAGCUGUCAGCCCAAACCAGAUUCAUACAUCUAAGAAGAGGUGUCAUUCAGUUUUGUCUUGCUGUUCUCUCACCACCUCCUCAUUGUGUAAAUACCAAGUUAUCAAGCUGGAGGGUGGCAAGUGAGAAAUCUAAAGAAAAAGAGUCUUUAAUUUUUCAAGGGUUUGGCUAUUUUAUAAGUAUUCCAGCAAGUGUUUUUAAUAUCCUGGAUACCUGUUUGACUUUUGCCUUAUGUGAAACUAGUAAGUUUGUCUAUUGUAAUGUUUUAAUAGCUACUUUAUUGUCUUUUAAAAUAUGACAUACUAAAGCUUUAUUUCAAGUUAGUCUCUUGAAAAAUGUGUUUUUUCCAAGUUACUGUAUCUUCAUAUUCUGUUUUGUAGCAGA